AUGCCGAUUCGCGGGCUCGGUGGGUGGUGGGUUUUGCUUGGCGUGGGCUUUCCCGCAGGCACCAUGGGCUUCCUUGCGGGAGACAACGUGCGGGUCAAGGCCAGCGGAGCCUUGGGCACCGUCAAGGAGAGCAACGGCCAUGCGGUGAAGGUGGAUGGGGCCUGGUUGCACCAAGAGGAAGUGGAACACUUGCCCUACAUGGGCUCCGGGCCCUGCCACGCGCGCUUUCAGCAGACCAUGCUCCGAAUCAAGGACCCGAAAGUCUCCGUGCCCUUCUACGAGAAGCACUUCGGGAUGAAGUUGGUCCAUUGGAUUGAGUUUCCACAGUGGAAGUUCACGGUGUACUUCCUGGAGCGCCCACGGGACGGUCAGAAGGUGCCAGAGUGCACUUUGCAGAAGACCUCCGUGGAGAACGAGCGCUACUUGUGGACCAUGUCAGGUUCUACGCUAGAGCUGACCCACAACCAUGGCGCAGAAAGCGACGCGAGCUUCAAGGUCUGGAACGGCAACACAGGCCGAGAUGCCGGGGAGGGCCCCAACUUCGCGGAGGAGCCCGCGGCCCGGGGCUUCGGCCACAUCGCCUUCAACUGCGAUGAUGUGUAUGCUGCCAGUGCAAAGCUGGAGCAAGCUGGCGUUAAAUUCCAGAAAAAACCGGAUGAGGGCAGGAUGAAGGGCCUAGCCUUCGCGUUGGACCCCGACGGCUAUUGGAUCGAGCUCGUGCGGCGAGAAAACUUGGGCUGGCCCGAGCAAUUCAACUUGUCGCAGACCAUGCUGCGAGUGAAAGACGGGCCUGCCAGCGUGGAGUUUUACACCAAGCACCUGGGGAUGACUUUGCUCCGAAAGUUGGACUUUCCUCAGUGGAAGUUCUCCUUAUUCUUCUUGGCCUCGAUGACGCCGGCUGAAGUUGCGGAGUGCUGCUCGCUGGACCCGGAGAACAAGCACAGCAGCGGCUUGAACCCGGACACGCCCAACGCGCUCACGAAGGUCGCCUGGAACCAGUGCCUAGAGCUCACUUGGAACCAUGGCACCGAGAAGGACCCGGACUUUAAGAUCCACGACGGCAAUGCGCAGCCACAGGGCUUCGGUCACAUUGGCUUCUUGGUGGAUGAUUUGGAAACCUCUUGUGCCAAGAUGGAGCAGGAUGGCGUAGUCUUCAAGAAGCGGCCACAGGAUGGAAACAUGCGUGGCCUCGCCUUCGCCUACGACCCCAGCGGGUACUGGAUCGAACUCAUUGAUCGGAAGGCCACGUUCAGUGGCAUUUGCUCCAACUACUGA